GUAUAGAAAGCUCCUUGUUGACCAGAGUCAGAGGCAACUAGCUCCUUCCAACCGGAGUGUGAUCCAUUUCUUUGACGUGGAGCUGAACCCAGUGGCAGGUAAGUGAAACCUUGCCCAGUGCUACAUCCAGGGCUUUUUCCAGCCAUAACUCAGUUCCGGCACCUUUCAGGUGGACACCAGAGGCGUAGCAUGGACAGGGUGAGACUGGCAGGGUGGCAGGAAGACGCAACAGGCAUGCACCCUUCCAAUCAGUCCAACUGGGCUGAUUGGAAGGAUGUUUGUCUGCCCUGCUGCAUCCUCCUCGACUGCUGCUGGGCACCAUUGCCAUUGUAAGAGAAUGAGGGAGGGACAUCCAUUAAUAUGUGCAUGCAGCUGAUGGGCAUAGCAUGAAAUUUGAAGGAGGCAGGAAUGGCUCAGGGUAAAGGCCAGAUUGUAAGGUGAUAUAGGGUGAGAGGUGAACUACAUGGGGCCAAAUGAGAUGUGGGAGAUCUGUGAUCAGGACCUCCCAUGCAUGUUGUUGUGGCGAUCACACAGGGUCCCCAGAUGUUUCACCAUCUAUUGAUCCCUGUGCCACCACUUUAUUUCUCGCUGCCACCACCCAGGCCCUACUUGGUAUAAUACUGAGUCCAGUCAGGGUUAAAUUGGAACAUAAACUUUUGUUUAUUUAUUGCAGUUUAACAAGCGUGUGGUUUCAUAAACGGUAUCAGUCAAUUACAAACACGGGAUGCCUAUCCAGACCUAUAACUUCCACUACCUGCUCUCACUCACUAACCCACCUCUCAGAUAUUUACUUGUCUUCCUAGCCCCUAAAUAUUCCUGACUCAGCUUAUUUUGCUACACUUACUCAACCUACCCACAAACUCUAUCCCAAUUCACUCCCACUCCAACCAACCACCCAACUCCCAACUAACUCCUCCCUUUACCCCUCCAAAAGCUGGUUUUAUAGUCCCUCUGACUCCACCACUGGGUCCUGAUUGGGUCACCUGUUUAACUAUUUCACCUCCAGCACUCUCAUAUGUUAACAUCACAGUUGCUCACUUGAAGGUAACAGCAAUCACUGCACCACAUUGGCUCUGUAAUCAGCAAAUAAGAAUAAUAAUUUAUUAUUUAUACCCCACCCAUCUGGCUGGGUUUCCUCAGCCACUUUGUUUUUUUUUUAAGAAUAUUUAUUCAAGUUUUAAAAUUACAAAAAAGAAAGAAAAAACAAAACAAGAAAACCAGUCACAUACAUCUUACAAAAAAUACACACCAUACAAGAAAAAAAAAAAGGAAAAAAUACACAAAAUCAAAAAUCACAAUAAAGAAAUAACAAGAAAAAAAGAAUUCAAAUUUAACAAACCGUUUUCCCAUUUACUUAUUUCCGUGACUUCCUCUCACUUCUCUGCUUUGUAUUCUAAUUCAAAUUGUAUCUCCAGCAAAUCCUUCUAACCUUCUUUUCACUCACUUAUUUUAACAUUUUAACAUUCAAAAAUAUUUAAUUCUCCUCUAUCCUUUAGUUUACACUUUAUAUUUACUUAAUUCCAUUAUACUCUGUCUGCCAAUACGGUCUAAUAUUUCUUCUCCAACCUUUCCUAACAUUCAUUUAUGUUACAGUAAUUCUGUAAAUAUAUUUUAAACUUUUUCCAAUCUUGUUCCAUCAACCCUUCUUCUUGGUCUCGAAUUCUUCCAGUCAUCUCAGCCAGUUCCAUAUAGUCUAUCACUUUUCUCUGGGUUUCCUCAGCCACUUUGAGUGCCUCCCAACAGAAUAUUAUUAUUAUUAAUAAUAAAAGCGAUAAAACAUCAAACAUUAAAAACUUCCCUAAACAGGGCUGCCUUCAGAUAUCUUCUAAAAGUCAGAUAGUUGUUUAUUUCCUUGACAGCUGAUGGAAGGGUGUUGCACAGGGCAGGCACCACCACCGAGAAGGCCCUCUGCCUGGUUCCCUGUAACCUCACUUCUCGCAGGGAGGGAACCGCCAGAAGGCCCUCGGAGCUGGACCUCCGUGAACGAUGGGGAUGGAGAUGCUCCUUCAGGUAUGCUGGGCCGAAGCCAUUUAGGGCUUUAAAGGUCAGCACCAACAUUUUGAAUUGAGCUCAGAAUCAAGUAAAUUGGUUUAUAAAAAUUAGGCAUUGGGGGGUAUCUGGACUGUGAUCAUGGUAGGAGAGGCAGGGGGCUCUUUAUCUCUCGCUCCUCCAGUCUGGUCCUGGUCCAAAUCUCGCUCACACGCAUAACAGGUCAGUGUUAGAAAAAAGCAAAUGUUCUGACCUCCUUUCUCUGGUCCUCGGACCCUAGUCAGCGCAAAGAGUCCUUGAAAAAGAGUACUUUGCAGAAUUCUGCUUUUAUUCUUAAAAGUCUUUAUCUGCAAAACGACCAACCAACUGUACACACAUCAACACUACCAGCUUUCUCUAACCAACCAACCCACACCCAACACUAACAUUGACCACUCUAUAUAUACAGGUACAAUUAUGUCAAAGGUUGCAUGAGUCAUUGUAGGUCGCUUACUUAGUUCUUUUCGCAUUAAAGAAACAGCAGCCAAUUUUUAGCCAUGACAUAACACACCUGAUAUUUGAGUCAAAGGGGGCAGGACCUCCCAUUCGUGCCAAUCAUAUUUAAUUUUGUUUCCAUAGAAGCUUCCCACACUGUCCAAAUUCUACCACUACAUUAUCUGUAAGGUGUAUAAAGGUUCUUGUUGUCCCCCCCUUAAGAAAUAGGCAUCUCUUUAAUGCUUCCUUUUUUCAACCUCUUCCUUUUCCUGCCAGUAGAUUCUUAGACGCUGCCAUGCUGGUCUCUCACUGCCUGCUGGUUCGUCUGGCCAUCCUUCUCAGCGUCCUCCUGGUGCAGUCCUGCGAAGGGCAGUCUUGGGCCGCUUUUCAAAACAAGCACAUCAAUUACCCCAAAACCUCAGCCCCCAACCUCAAUGCUUACUGCAACCUCAUGAUGGUGCAGAGGAAGCUGAAUCCAGCGGUGUGCAAAGUCACCAAUACCUUCAUCAACAACGCCACGGAUUCUGUCCAAGAUGUCUGUGGCAAUGGCGGGAAGCAGUUCAAGGAUAAAUUAUAUGACAGCAACAAUCCGUUCUCCAUGACCAUCUGCAGGUUCAUCAAUGGUAAACCUCCUAAUGACUGCAAAUACAAAGGCACAGUUACCUCCAGACGCAUUCGUGUCACCUGCGAAAACAAGAAGCCCGUUCACCUGGCAAAGCUGCUGUGAUAGGCAGAAAACCACACAAGCCACGCUCUGCCCAUUGAAGCCAGAAUGCUCAUUUGGCCAUUUCUACCUGCAACACACCCACAUCAUUGGCUUUUCCCGGUUUAACAGUCAUUUGCCCUUUCCAGGGGACCUUGGGAGCUGUGGCUCUAAGGGCAAUGACGCCAAGCUUCUAACUAAGUAUUCGGUUGGUUUCUCUUAAU